GGCGGGCGCAGGCGGUGGAGACGGCCGGCCAGCGAGCGGCAUGGCGGCGGCGGCAACCACGGCGGGCCCGGCGGGGCCCGAGCCCAUGCCGAGCUACGCGCAGCUCGUGCAGCGCAGCUGGGGCAGCGCGGUGGCGGCGGCGCGGGGCUGCGUGGACUGCGGCUGGGGGCUGGCGCUCCGGGGCCUGACCGAGCACGCGCACCUGGCGCCCCCCGAGCUGCUGCUGCUGGCGCUCGGCGCGCUCGGCUGGACCGUGCUGCGCUCAGCGGCCACCACGCGCCUCUUUCGGCCCCUGGCCAAGCGGUGCCGCCUCCAGCCGAGAGAUGCCGCCAAGAUGCCUGAGAGCGCCUGGAAGUUCCUCUUCUAUCUGGGCACCUGGAGCUACAGUGCCUACCUGCUCUUCGGCACUGACUACCCCUUCUUCCACGACCCGCCCUCUGUCUUCUACGACUGGACACCAGGCAUGGCCGUGCCUCGGGACAUCGCGGCCGCCUAUCUGCUGCAGGGAAGCUUCUAUGGCCAUUCCAUCUACGCCACGCUGUACAUGGACGCCUGGCGCAAGGACUCAGUGGUCAUGCUCGUCCACCAUGUGGUCACCCUGGUCCUCAUUGUCUCCUCCUAUGCCUUCCGGUACCACAGCGUGGGCAUCCUGGUGCUCUUCCUGCACGACAUCAGCGACGUGCAGCUGGAGUUCACCAAGCUCAAUGUUUAUUUCAAGUCCCGUGGCGGCUCCCACCACCCUCUGCACGCCCUGGCUGCGGACCUGGGCUGCCUCAGCUUCAGCCUCAGCUGGUUCUGGUUCCGCCUCUACUGGUUCCCACUCAAGGUCCUGUAUGCCACCUGCCACUGCAGCCUGCGCUCGGUGCCUGACAUUCCCUUCUACUUCUUCUUCAACGCACUCCUGCUGCUUCUCACUGUCAUGAACCUUUACUGGUUCCUGUACAUCGUGGCUUUUGCUGCCAAGGUGCUGACGGGCCAGGUUCGGGAGCUGAAGGACGUACGGGAAUACGAUGCAUCAGAGGCCCCGAGCCCCAAGCCCAGCAAAGCUGAGUGAAACUGAAAUAAAAGGAUCAAAGGUGACCCAAGACUUCGGGCUCGAGCUGCCAUUUACCAAAAUGCCGUUUACCAGGCAGGGUUCUGUGUGCCAGUGGGGUCGGGUAGGCGUUCCUUUGCGGGGUGUUUGACUCUCGACGUCCAGGGAUCGUGAGUCAGGAAUUCUGCUGAGGCCUCAGCACGGAGCCUGACCGACCCUCAGAGGCGUCCGGAAGCAGCAGCGGCUGAGAGACUCCAAGGGCCGGGGGAGAGGCUCCUGCUUGGCCAGAUCUAAGAAUCUGCGCGCUCCUCCUGCUGCGGAACAGGCAGCUUCCGUGGAGAGUCCUUGUAAAUGCAAAGCCCAGGCCGUGCCGAGCCGCGCCUGGUGCUGCUCCCUGCUGUCUCCCAGAGGAUGUCCGGCCAGAACGUGGGCCGAGGGCCUGGCACCUGCCAGCAUUCCCACCAGGACAGCAGAGUGUGAACGCCGCACGGAUGUGACAGGGUGCGCAGGGGACACAUUGCACGGUCAGUCCGUGGGCAGCACCAGCAGACCUCGCCGCCCCGGAUGCCUGGAGUCAGCGCAGUCGGGUGUAAAGAUGGGGUGAGUGGUCAGGAUGCCUCAAAACCAUCAGGUCAUGGAGAACAAGGAGACUGCGGACCUGUCCCAGGUCAGAGGACUGAAUGCACUGGGGUCCUGGACCAGAAGGACCGCCGUGGAGAAACGGAACCGAGGAAAGCCCGCCGUUAGCUCCGAGCAGGGUCCGGCACCGGCUGCCGAGUGAGACACGUGUUCUGUGGGGACGUCAGGUAGUAACAUCCGCGAAGCUGGUCCGCGCUGCACUGAGUUCUCUGGACUAUCUCUGCGACGUUUCUGCAGAUCUAAAAUUAUUCUAAAAUAAAAAGUUUAUUUAAAAAAUAAAAGGCAUGAGUGACAUAAAAAACAGCAUCGGAUGUUAUAUUAC